UUGGCUGCAGUGUGACAUCCUCUCUGCCCCAGGUAGAAAGUGUGAAGAGCAACCACUGCGGACAAGUACCUGUCCACCUAGGGCUGUUCUGCCUUGGUUUGGCUCCCCUUUGACAUUCUGCCUGCUAGAGGGAGGAAUUAUGAGCAAAGAAAGCGACUGCAGACAAUUGACAUCCAGAAGCCACAAGUUUCUGUAAAAAUCAGAUCUGCACACCAACCAAGAAAGAGCCAUGGCGGUAUCGCUGGAGGAAUUUGUUCGCUCCCUUGAUCUAAGGACCCUUCCCAGGGUCUUAGAAAUCCAGUCAGGCAUCUACUUUGAAGGGUCUAUUUAUGAAAUGUUCGGCAAUGAAUGCUGUUUGUCAACAGGGGAAGUGAUUAAAAUCACAGGCCUCAAAAUUAAGAAGAUAAUGGCUGAAAUUUGCGAGGAUAAUUCUAGAGAUUCCGAGUCUUGGAAGCCCUUUGAACUGCCCAUGAAUUUUCCAGGUCUAUUUAAGGUCAUGGCUGAUAAAACUCCAUACCUUACAGUGGAAGAAAUCACAAGAACCAUUCAGAUUGGACCUAGUAGACUAGGACAUCCUUGCUUUUAUCACCUGAAAGAUAUAAAAGUAGAAAAUCUUACCAUAAAGCAGGGUGAGCCAAUAAGGCUCAACUCAAUUGAAGACAUUGAUGGAGAAGUACUGGUGAACUGCGGUGUGGUAAGGAACCACCAGAGUCAUUCAUUCACUUUGCCAUUGUCACAAGAAGGAGAGUUCUAUGAGUGUGAGGAUGAACAUAUUUAUACCCUAAAAGAAAUUGUUGAAUGGAAGAUUCCUAAGAACAGAACACGGACCGUGAAACUUACAAAUUUCUCAAAUAAGUGGGACUCGUCCAAUCCAUUCCCUGAAGACUUUCAUGGAACUGUGAUUCUCAAGCCUGUUUAUGAAAUCCAAGGUGUGCUGAAAUUUCAAAAGGACAUAGUCCGGCUUCUCCCCAGUUUAGAUGUUGAAGUCAAAGAUAUUACUGACUCUUCUGAUGCUAACUGGUUUCUUCAGCUACUGUCUACUGAAGAUCUUUUGGAAAUGACCAGCAAAGAGUUCCCUAUAGUAGCCGAAGUCAUCGAAGUAGUUCAAGGGAACCUGCUGCCGCAGAGUAUUCUACAGCCUGGGCAAACAAUUAUUAUCCACAAAAAGUAUCAGGCUUCGAGGAUACUAGCUUCAGAAAUUCGAAGUAAUUUUCCUAAAAGACACUUCUUGAUUCCUAGUAGCUACAAAGGCAAGUUCAAAAGGAGACCUCGGGAGUUCCCAACGGCCUAUGACCUGCAGAUAUCUAAGACUGAGAAGGAAACUCUCCAUGUGGUAGCUACCAAAGCCUUCCAUACACUUCACAAGGAACUGUCCUCUGUGUCUGUUGGGGACCAGUUUCUAGUACAUCACUCAGAGACCACAGAAGUUGUCUUUGAGGGAAGAAGAAAAGUGAACGUUCUGGCCUGUGAAAAAAUCCUCAGUAAGUCCUACGAGGCAGCCCGGCUUCCUCUGUACAUGGAAGGAGGUUUUGUAGAGGUGAUUCAUGAUAAGAAACAGUACCAGAUUUCAGAGCUCUGUACACAGUUCCGCUGGCCCUUCAAUGUAAAAGUGUCUGUGAGAGAUCUCUUCAUGAAGGAUGACAUUUUGGCCGCUACCCCAGGACUGCAGUUGGAGGAGGAUAUCACAGACUCUUACCUACUUGUUAGUGACUUUGCCAACCCCGGAGAAUGUUGGGAAAUUCCCAUGGGCCGACUGAAUAUGACUGUUCAGUUAGUUAGUAGUAGUAAUUUGUCUAUGGAUACAGCACCAAUUCAAGUUAGGACUCUGGUAGAAGAGAUCACAGAAGAACAAUAUUACAUGAUGAGGAGGUACGAAAGUUCUCCCUUACAUCCCCCGCCUCGCCCUCCCAAGAACCCCUCAGCAGAGGAGAUGAAGUUAACCUUGCUCAGCUUAGCAGAAGAAAGAAGAAUAGAUCUGCCCAAGUCUCCCAAGAGUCACCAUGCAGACAAAGUCAAGAAACUUCACCCAGCUCAAGGUGGCCUGGAUUCAAGAAUACCAGUGGGUUUUCAAAAUGAUCUGGUUGAUAUGGAAAGGCAGAAGAACAAACAUGGGCCAUUGGAGUAGCAAACAACAAGGUGAUUGAAGGUUGAAUAUCACAGUCAACGAAGACUGCAUCUAGAAUCCCAACUAUAGAUCACAGAUAACUUCAGUCCCUCUCCAGCUGUGGCUAGCUGAGCUGGCUACAAGUUUACUAUUUCCUCAGUUUCCUGCCUUACGUUUUCCUAAAACAGAUGUGUUAUGAUGGGGAAAAAUGCAUGAAAACUGUGGCUUUCAAUUCCAAGCACAUUAUAAAUCUACAGUAUUAUUUUCAGUCUCAUAAAUAUCUACUUUAUUUCUGAAUAAUUUACAUGGUUUCCUAUUAUUUUACUCUUUGGCUCUUUUUGCUUUGACCCCUCUCCAUUAUUUCUCAAAAAGAAAUAUGUAUGCAGGAAAUCUAUAAACAGUCUUUGCAAGCAGCCUCCUGAUGGAUUCCUCUUACCCUUUUCUUCACGUAUAGAACUCUUCAAAACUGAAAAACAUCAAAAGGAAAAAGAUGCAAUGGAGACCACUUGGACAGUGAACAUAAAUGUUGCAAUGGAAAAGGAAGUCUAGUCUUCUAGGUGAAAAACAACUAUCCCCCAGUGGCCUCCAGAAGAAUCUGGAAAAAGACAAAAACAAACAUAAAAGGUUUUGAUCAUAAAACUCAAAGAUAGGCCCAUGAUGUGAAAUUUAAAUUGUCUAUUCUGUUUGCUGAAAUACACAAGUGCUGUUUCUGUGAUGUUUAGGACAUAUUUGUUUAAUGUGCAUAUGUUUUGUCUCUUACUAUCAACAUUUAGCAAUCUGAAAUAAAUUUAUACUUCAAUUAUUGAAUAAAAUCCCAUUUUAAAAGUCUAAACUCUCACUGAGUUUCACCCUUUUUCUGGCAGUUUUCUUCCCAUUUUUCUAGUGUUAUCAUCAUUUCCACUAAGACUCAAGAAAAAUUAAUUACAUCUGAGAGUAACUUAAAAUGUCCAAGUUUCUUCUCUGGUUCCCUGGGAACU